AUGGAAGCUCAUAAUGUUCAAUUCCAAGAAGAAACCCGAAACAAUCAGAAAAACACCACAGCAUCCAUAAAAAAUCUUGAAGUCCAGAUGGGUCAAAUAGCACAACAAUUAGCCUCGAGUUCUCAAGCACAUGGUGCUCUACCUAGUACAACUGUGACAAAUCCUAGAGAGCAUAAUAAUGAAGAUCAAUUGAUCGAAGUGGAUCUUGAGAUCAAAGAAAAUGAAGCUGUAAGGGAAGAAUUGGUGGCACCGAAACUAGUAGUGAAAGAAACAGUCACUGAGCCUAAGCUGGUUGUUAAGAUUCCUUUUCCCACCAGAAACAAGAAAAAGGGGCAACAUGAGAAAAACUUUGAGAAGUUCCUAGAGUUGUUCAAGAAGCUAGAGAUUAACAUUCCGCUAUUGGAAGCACUUGAACAAAUACCGACUUAUGCCAAGUUCAUGAAAGACAUCAUUUCUAAGAGGCGGGCCAUCGACACCAACCUGAUUAUUCUAACCGGAACUUGUAGUUCUAUUUUACAGGGUAUGAAGAUCCCAAUGAAGAAGAAAGGUCGAGGAGCGGUCCCUAUUCCUUGUACCAUUGGAGAUAGGUCCUUAAAAAAGGCUCUUGUUGAUCUAGGAGCAAGUGUGAGUCUCAUGCUGUUAUCCAUUUACAAGAAACUUGGUAUAGGGGUUCUGCAAGAUACCAGGAUGACACUCCAAUUCGUCGAUCAUUCGGUUAAGAAACCGUAUGGUAUUGUUGAAGAUGUUCUGGUGAAAAUUGACAAGUUUGUAUUCCCGGUGGAUUUUGUGGUUCUAGAAAUGCCUAAAGAUGAAGAGAUCCCUCUCAUCCUUGGGAGACCCUUUUUAGAGACGGGAAGAUGCUUGAUCAACAUAGAAGUAUCAAAGAUGAUAUUUAUACCAGUCAUACUAUAG